GUGGACACCAGCAGCAGGUGACGAGAGGAGUGCAGCAGCAGAGCAGCCGCCGCACCCACGUCCUCACAGGGCACAGCCGGUACCAGCAUCAGCAGCAGCUGGUGCCCAACGAACGCCCACGCCGUCCCGCUGCUCCCCCUCCCGAGCAGCAGCACCAAUGCAGCUGCUGUGGAGAGCAAGGUCAUGUACAUCAGUGUUGCAAGUUCAACCUCGCCCGCGGACCGUUUCAGCAGCGGAGGAACGGUGAUUUUGGCGGCGGGUCUGUGUUCCAGCAGCAGCAGCAACAACAGCGGCAGAAGCCAGGCANCCGCUGCUCCCCCUCCCGAGCAGCAGCACCAAUGCAGCUGCUGUGGAGAGCAAGGUCAUGUACAUCAGUGUUGCAAGUUCAACCUCGCCCGCGGACCGUUUCAGCAGCGGAGGAACGGUGAUUUUGGCGGCGGGUCUGUGUUCCAGCAGCAGCAGCAACAACAGCGGCAGAAGCCAGGCAUGGUGUAUGGCAGCACUGGUGGAUUUCAGCAGCAGCCGCGGCAACAACAGCUGGCGGCCGGCUCCACCCAUGGUGUGGUUGGACAGUUGAGUGGUGGGGUGGUUGUUGGCGAGAAGGGGGGGGGUGCUGCUGCCGGUUCGUUUGUGGCGUCGUUGCUGGUAAAAGCCCCCGCCAACGUAUCUUCUCCCAACGCAGUUACGCACCCCGCCACUCAUUCUCCCCCGCGACCCACGACAUCACGUGUAGCACCGGCAGUAGCGCGGAAACGCGCAGAACUGGAUCUCAUGGAGGCCGGGUACAGUAAAAGUGUAGCAAUGCGGCAGAUUCCCGGACCAUACAGCGUUAUUGUAGUUUCGCCAUCCGCGGCAUCGCAACAACCCAAGCAGUCACCGUCGCAGCAGCAGCAGCAGCAGCAGCAACAGCCAGCAGCCUCACUUGUGCCAUCACCCACAGCAAACCAUGCCGAUGAGAUCCGUCCUGCUGCCCCAUCUUCAACGGUUGGGAUUUGUGGAACGGCAUCCGCACCGGCGGUCGCAACGGCGGCUUCGGUCAGAGCUGCGGUGGCAGGAGUAACGCCGCAUGGAGCGACAACGGCAGUGGCUGCGACGGAAACGGCGGCGGUUGGGACAGCAGUAGCAGCGGCGUCCCCGGUUGCCGCGUUGGCGCCGGGCAGUCAAGAUACGUGCGCCGACAGCGGCGGCCUGACCUACAGCAGCGGUGGAGACGACGACAUCUACGGUUUCGAGAGGGGCGCGUCGUACCCUUUUGACCCGGGAGGAUUAUUUGCGCAGGAGGUGCGUGAAGAGGGAGAUCACAACAGCGGUGGUAAGGAGGACCGGAGCAGCGGUGGCCGCAGCAGCAGCAGCGGCGACGGCGGAGACGGCGCGGCCUGGCAUGAAGCGUCAACGCAUCCCUUUGACAGAGGGAAGCGGUCCCGGUGGAGGAGAGCGACCAGGGGGGCCGUGCUGGGAGUGGACCUCCCAUUCGAUCGAGGUAGAGAUGCAUGGGCACAUGCCGGGGGCACCAUCAUCGGAACCGGCGGCGGCGCGGACAGCUUCGGCGGACAGCUUCGGCCGAGCCCCUUCGCCGACAACACCAUGAUCAGGAGCGGCGACAGCAGGACGCGCCGCGACAUGAGUGGUGGCUUCGGCCAGAGCUCCGGGGGGCGGUGGCAACGGCGACGGCGGUGACGGUAGUAGCGGCCGCAGCAGCAGCAGCGCAAUGGAUGGUCUGGUUGGGGCGGGCACGUUCGAGCCGGCAGGAGGGCUCUAGCAACGAGGAACGAACGUCAUCUCUGCCAAAUGGGUCUACACGUGGAAACCUGAUGAAUUCGGUGAUGUGUUGCGUGCAAAGGCUCGGCUUGUCGCUAGGGGUUUCGGUCAGCGUGAAGGUUUUGACUAUUUUGAGACUUUUUCCCCGUGCCCUACCCAUCCGAGUAUUCGCCCCUUGUCUGCUAUCGCGUGUGAAAUGGGUUGGGACGUGUGCCACUGUGAUGCUGAUCAAGCGUUUGUGCAAUCGAAGCUAGAUGAGAUCGUGUACGUGCGUCUGCCGCAGGGUUGUGGGCCCCUUUCGGGUAAGAUUGUGAGACUUGCCCGUAGUCUUUUUGGCUUGAAGCAGGCGUCACGCACGUGGCACCACCACCUUGUUCAGGGCAUGAAAUCGCUUGGGUUUGACCAAUGUGCUGCUGAUGCGUGUGUCAUGCGUUUGAUCGAGGAUGGUGUGCUUUCCAUGGUAAUUGUGGUGCAUGUGGAUGACAUUUUUUCCAUCGGGCGGAAGAGUAGGUGUGACAGGUUUGGCCGAGACUUGAACGCCUACGUUCCCAUCACCAACCUCGGAGCGUUGCGCUUGUAUGCGGGAGUUCGUUUUUCACGCGAUUGGGAUGCUGGAACGCUUACAUUGUCGCAAGAAACUUUUGCUGUCAGCUUGGUUGCGAAGUUUGGUGUCACGCGCAACAAGGAGACCCUGAUGCCUGUUGGAGUGAAGCUUGAUGAUUUUUCUGCUGACGAACCUGAUUUUCUUGAGCCUUUUCGUUCUUUGGUAUUCCCAUGCACCUAAGAGCAUACACUGGCGGGCUGCGUUGCAUAUUGCGAUGUACAUUAGAUUCACGAGCUCUUGGUAUUACAUUUCAGCGGGGUUCAAGGGAGGGUAUCGAUUUGCGCUUGUAUGUUGACUCCAACUAUGCCAGCCGGGCCACUAACCGGCGGUCGGUCUCGGGAGCAGUUGUGAUGUGCGACGGUGCAUGUGUUUCGUUGUUAUCUAGGACGCAGAAAAGUGUGACCCUGUCGUCGACGGAAGCACAGUAUGUUGCGAUGGCU